AAAUGGAAAUGCCAAUGUGUAAGAACAAAAUAGAAAAAGAAAAGAAAGACGAAAACAAAGACGAAAACAAAGCAAAAAUGCCAAAAAGCACAGAGGACAGGUGUGCGGUAUGCGGGCAGCAAAAGCCCCGUAGAAAGAAGAGGUAUUUUUUAAUAGGAAUUAUACUAAUCAUCUUAGCAUAUUUUAUAAAAAUAGGAUAUGAGAAAGCAUUUGAAAAAACAAUUAUUAUGAGGUUUAUAGAAGGAUUACUUAAUUCAAAGACAGUGUUAAACCUAAAUCUUAGCUCUACAACAAAAGCAAAAAUAUUGUAUUUUGCUGAAAUAACAUCAUUUACGCCAGAUGAAAAAGUAGAAGAAAUGCCUGGCAUGGUUGCACAUAAUAAUGGAUUAACAGGAAAGCAUCCGAUUGUUAUAAUUCCAGGAAUUGCAAAUACUUCAUUAGAACUAUGGCAGGCAAAAAAAGAGAACACUUCAUUUUUUAGGAAAAGAAUAUGGGGGUCGCAUUCUACUCUUGUUUUUAUGUUGCACAACAGAGAUGAGUGGGUAAAUAUAAUGAAGCUAAACUCUGAUACAGGGCUUGACCCCGUCGGAAUAAAAGUCAGGGCGUGCAGCAGUCUUGACUCAUCUGACUUUUCCAUACCCGGCAUGUGGUUCUGGUGGAAAAUAGUUGAAAAUUUGUCGUAUAUUGGAUAUGAUGUUGCAGAUAUUCAUUUUGCUGCCUUUGACUGGCGUCUUGGGAUUGAAGAGUUAGAAAUACGUGACAACUAUUUUACGAAGCUUAAAAUAGAUAUAGAGACACAGUAUAUACGAAAGAAAGAAAAAGUACUUGUGGUGGCACAUAGCAUGGGGUCUUUAAUAUUUCAUUAUUUCAUGCAGUGGGUAUCUGAGAAAGACCCAAAAUGGGUGGACAAAUAUGUGCACAGCUCUGUGUAUAUAGGCCCUCCUCUUCUAGGCGCGCCCAAAGCAUUGGGUGGUCUUUUAGCAGGUGAGGUAAAGGACACCGUUGAUAUGGGUGUGAUUCAGUAUACAAUUGUAGAAUUAUUAUUUGGGAAGAAGAACCGGCAUGAACUAUUUAAAACCUGGGGGUCGCUUCUUCAUCUAUUGCCAAAAGGAGGAGAGAGAAUAUGGAAGAGGAAAGAUUCAGAUAAACUGGAUUUAGUAGCAGUUAGAAAAGAAUCAAAAAAGGAAAGAAUAAAAGAAAGAAAGAAAAAAUUGCAUAAAGGAGCAUAAAUUCCUCAGCUAUAGCGACAUAUUUAGUAUAAUCAAAGAAAUUCUCCCAUCAUAUAAUAAGCAAUUACAUGAAAAAAUAGUAAUUCCAAAGAAAAAACAAGAUAAAUGGUCAAACCCACUAGAGUGCGCACUCCCAAACGCACCAAACCUAACUAUAUAUUCUCUUUACGGUGUAAACAAAUCAACAGAGUCUGGUUACUAUUUUAUAGAUGCAAACGGCACUUUAAAAAUAGAUAGAAAUAUAUCUUCGCGCAGCAAUAAUGUGUAUAAUGGCGUUGUAUUGAAAGAUGGCGAUGGAACAGUUCCUGUUGUGUCUUUAGGUUAUAUGGGGAUAUCUGGGUGGAAGAAGAAGUCAUUAAAUCCAUACGGCGUUAAGACAGUAAAUAGAGAAUAUAAACACGUUCCAUCUACUUCUAUAUUAGAAGUAAGGGGCGGUAAGUAUACAGCAGAGCACGUAAAUAUUUUAGGAAAUAUUGAUUUAAUACGCGACAUACUUGAAAUCUCUUCAGGAAAGACUCUUCCUAAUAAAAUUUUAUCAAAUCUCCAGGAAAUAGCUGACGAAAUAGAUAAAAAGACUAUUUAAACAGAUAAUUAGAUGGCAAGAUGGUUUUAUUCAUGGUUAUAACCAAUUGCAUUGCCACUUAUUUAUAUUAUAUGAAUACUAGC